AUGUCACUUCCAGCGCGCAGACUCAUCAACCAACCUUGGAGUAGACGGCCUCAGUUACAGCUCGGCCUCCGUGGGAACCAUCUGAGGUUUCCGCGACGUCUUCAUGCCCGUGCAAAAGAGUAUCUGCAAGCUCACGAUCCCGACCUCACUGAUUCACAGCGGACUGUCCGCGAAGCCAUCGUCAAAAUCUGCGCCAAUUACCCUGACGAAUAUUGGCUAAAGCAAGAGGAAAAGAAGGAGUUUCCAAUCGAGCUUCAUAGAAAGCUUGCGGAUGAUGGGUGGCUAGGAAUCUGCAUCCCGCCCGAGUUCGGGGGGUCAGGCCUGGGCAUAUCUGAAGCUGCGAUUAUGAUGCAAACUCUAUCGGAGUCGGGAGGAGGAAUGACCGCUGCUUCUGCAGUACACAUGAAUAUAUUUGGCCUGGAGCCAGUGGUCAAAUUUGGAACAGAGGAACAGAAACGUCGCUGGCUCGAGCCAUUAGUUCGUGGUCGAGAGAGGGCAUGUUUCGGUGUCACGGAGCCUAAUACUGGGCUCGAUACGUUAAAACUACAGUCAACGGCUCGAAGAGAUGGUGAUCAUUAUAUCUUGUCGGGCCAGAAGGUCUGGAUUUCCACGGCACAGAAUGCGCACAAGAUUCUAAUUCUUGUGCGCACGACCCCUCUUGAUCAAGUCAGUAAACCCUCACAAGGUCUUUCACUAUUUUAUACCGAUCUUGAUCCGUCCAUCGUGGAAAUCACCGAGAUUCCCAAAAUGGGUCGUGCGGCCGUUGACACAAACUCGCUCUUUUUCGAUAAUUGGCGCGUUCCAGCGACCGAUAUGGUCGGCCAAGAGAACGAGGGAUUCAAAAUGAUCUUGCAUGGGAUGAAUGCUGAGCGCAUUCUAAUCGCGGCCGAAGCUCUUGGCCUUGGAUAUGCUGCUAUCCGACGAGCAGCGAAUUAUGCAGGCGACAGACACGUGUUUGGACGUGCUAUUGGACAGAAUCAAGCGAUUCAACACCCGCUGGCUGACAGCUGGAUGAAGCUCGAAGCGGCUAGAUUGAUGAUAUACCAUGCCGCGCGGCUAUAUGAUGAGGGGUAUUCAUCCGGGGAAUAUGCCAACACCGCGAAGUAUUUGGGCGCCGAAGCAGCAUUUCAAGCUUGCGAGAGAGCGGUCAUGGUGCAUGGAGGGAUGGGGUAUGCGAAGGAAUAUCAUGUGGAAAGAUAUUUGCGUGAAGUGUUGAUUCCUCGAAUUGCACCAGUGAGUCGGGAGAUGAUCUGUAAUUAUAUUGCGGAGAGGGUGCUUGGGCUGCCAAAGUCGUACUGA